AUGGAAGAACUUGGCAAUAUGGGCAAAGUAGAAGAAUCAAUGAAACUGUCAAAGACGGUCGAAGACUUAAGAGCCCGCAAGGCUGAGCUUGAGAGCCAAACCGAUUUUCGUCUUGCUGGACCUGGGUCGAAUGCUGCUAGGCUUCGAGUAUGUGAAGACUGUGGUGCACAGUUGAAUAUUAUGGACCACGAGUCCCGUAUAGCUGAUCAUUUUGGUGGAAAAAUGCAUUUGGGAAUGGUAGAAUGCCGAGAGAAAUAUGCAGAAAUGAAGGUGGGUUGA